AUGAAGAAGGCUCUCAAGAAGAAGUAUUUGCUAGAUCAUUAUCGGCAAGAUGCUUUUCUUAAGUUCCAUAACUUUCGGCAGAACGAACUUUCUGUGGAGGAGUACACAGCAGAAUUUGAUCAUUCUAUGAUACGUUGUGAUAUUGUAGAAUCAGAAGAGCAAAUGGAUGUUCGUAAGCUAGCACUUAAGGUGGAAAAACAAUUGAAGGAAGGGCGCAAGAAUACCUAUCGACUUUUCAAUCAAGGAGGAAUCAGCAACCUAGGGAGUAGUUCUACUACCAAGGCCACUCCAAAUCCCAAAGUUGCAACUGCCAAACCAGCCAAGGGUGAAGCCAAACCACUAGCCAAUAGUGAAGCUCCAACAGGUUCAAAUCGCUCCAAUAUUUCUAACUCAAGUAGAAAAUGCUUUAAAUGUCAUGUUUUUGGACAUAUUGCUUAUGAUUGUCCAAAUCGCAAGAUUAUUUCACUUGUUGAGGAAGACUUGGAAGAUGAUGUUAAGAAUGAACCAGUUGAUGAAGAGUUUGAGGAAGACUUGAUAUAUGCGGAUCAAGGGGAGUCUCUUAUAAUUCGUAGGAUCUUGAAAUCCACCUACGCAGAAGAAGAUUGGCUUCGAAACAUUUUCCACACCAAGUGCACCUCUAGUGGCAAGGUGUGUAAUGUCAUCAUUGAUGGGGGAAGUUGUGAGAAUGUGGUGUCUACAACCAUGGUGGAGAAACUUAACCUGAAAACAGAACCUCAUUCCUAUCCUUACAAGCUUCAAUGGAUUAAAAAAGGCAAUGAUAUCCAGUUUGAUAGAAGAACUUUUCAUGAUGGUUUCAGAAACACUUAUUCUUUUGAAAAAGAUGGAACCAAAAUUACCUUAGCUCCCUUAAGAAUGUUGACUGAACCUAAACCUUCUAAAAGGGAGGGUAGUAAUCUACUUUCUAUAUGUGAAGUUGAGAGAGCUUUAACAAAAUGUGGGAAAGGGUAUGCUCUAGUGGUAGUUGAAAAGAAAGACUCAAUUGAAAUUCCUCUUAUUUUACAACCACUUCUUGAGAAAUUUCCUGUUGUUAUUCCAAAAGAGCUUCCAUCGGGUCUCCUACCCAUGAAAGACAUACAUUACCACAUUGACCUUGUUCCAGGUUAUGUUCUACCUAACAAGGCAGCCUAUCGAAUGAAUCCAAGAGAGCAUGAAAAGUUGCAGAGACAAGUUGAUGAGCUAAUUACCAAAGGCCUUGUGAGAGAAAGCAUGAAUCCUUGCGCUGUUCCGACACUUCUAGUACUAAAGAAGGAUGGUUCUUGGCGUAUGUGCAUCGAUAGUAUGGCUGUGAACAAUAUCACCAUAAGGUAUCGCUUUCCCAUUCCACGGCUCGAUGAUCUUCUUGAUCAACUUCAUGGAAGAAGAUCUUCUUGA